AUGAAUCCACAACAGCAUCAUCAACAACAACAAGGAGAGAGUGCAAUAUCUGCCUCCAACGCCAGCAACAUACCAACUGGACAACCUGCAGCGACGGCGUCCAACCCAAUUUCAAUUGGCCCACAGAGACCAGAUUCUGCUCAACGAAAUUCCAGUAGAGGUAGCCAACGAUCGUCCCUACAAUUGGACGAGCUUGGUGAAAAUUGGGCUGAGGUUACGGAUGUUUGGGAAGCCAACGUGGCUCAACCCAGUCGCAAGGCCUUACGCGAAUUUUUCUAUCCAUCGCGACAGAGUUUGCAAAAUAAUGAUGAGAAUCAACAGCAACAAAGUCGACAACAAUACGCAGAAGGUGGAGGAUCCAAUGCUGCCAACCCAUCAGCAAGGUCAGCCAAUCCCCAAACAAUACGAAAUGCUUCCUCUCCAACAUCCAAUGGUGCUCUGUCUCCCUCCACGUUUCGACAACCACCGCCCUCGAUUGCUCAAAACCCAGAUGUGAUCGAACAAGAGCGGCAAGACAAGGAGUUUGUGGAAGAUUUUUGGACCAUUUACGAUGAUAUUAUCAUUCUAAGUUUAUUUACUCAAAUUGGAAUCAUUUGCCGCUUGGGAGUGGCCUAUAGUUUUCGAGUGUUGGACGCCGUCUUUCGGCAGGGGAGUGCCUUGUUUACAAAUUUACCCUUGAAUUGCUUUUCCUGCUUUGUCAUGGGCUUGUUGUGCAGUGGGGAAUCGCUAAUGGAGAUUGUGUCGACACGAUUCAGUCCUCCACGGUUGCAGCACGAUUUGCAUCAAGAGGCUAGACAGCUGCUGGCAGAACAAUCCAUGGACGAGGAAGACAUGAUGGACGAUCGCUCUACCGAGUCUCUUUCGUCAACCUAUCCCCGCUUUGGAGGAACUCAAGCCCGACGGAGGAAAAAGAAGAAUCGACGAAUCAUGGGCUGGCGUCCUAAAUCUGAUGACUUUUACAGCGAGUUACGGGAGGUUCAACUACUAGCCUUGGAACGAAGGAUACGGGCAUCGCCUUGUUUAGUCUUGUUUCAUGUCCGAAAAGAAGACGUCGAUCUGGUAGAAAACUAUUUCAACAAUGAUAUUUCCAACAACAAGAAUGAAGACACAUCAAAUCAACAGACUGGAACCAGGACGGAAGAAAAUGAUGAGGGUAACGAUGGUGAGCGAUUUUCGUUAGAUGAACACGAUCUCGUUUUGGAAGAGACGCAAGACGAUCCUGAAAAUCGACGGACAUUUGCGGCAGGACAAGAGUUAUCGACAGCUUCCCUUCCGGCAAGUAAAAAUGCAAAUAAAAAUGACCAGGACUCCAGCGGACCUAUUGUUCCUGGUCGCAAACGAAAAGUGCGGAUUGAAUCAAGGGCAUAUGCCCAAAUUACUCAAGCGGAUAGUACUGAAAGUGCUGCUACACCCACCAAUGCUGCCGCUGCUGCUGAUCCAGCAGCACAGCCAUUGGAUUUGGAACAAAUAGUGUCAAAUGUUGCUACCGAUGUGUCACAGCAGAUUUCUCAAUUGAGCCGCGUCACUCUAGCUGACGGAUGGGAUGUCGGAACCACACCUGACGAUAAAAAGAAGGACCUCAUGUUGGGGCUACGUGAUGGCCUUUGUGGUGCCUUGUCUUCCUUUUCUUCCUGGAUCUCCGCCAUGGUCAGUCUACUUCGAGAUGGCAAAGUUGGUGAGGCUUGUGUUGGAAUUGUGAUUGGAAUUCAACUACCCAUUGUGGCCUAUCGAUUUGGUCAGCAUGUUGCCGUCUGCGUCUUUGUAUGGAGAUGCCGAAGAGAGACGAAACGAGACGAACGACGUGGUGGGUAUGGAAUCCGUUUAAGCACGGACGAGGAGGACGAUAUACAAGAACAGGAAUUCCAGUCUCCCCAAUCGGGAAAUCUUGACAAUCCGUAUGCCGAAGACAACUCGGAAACACCAUCUGUCCGAGCUGUCAUCACGGCACUCUUUGUCAUUUCCGUUGUGGCCCAAGUCACUUCAUUGAACUUUUAUUACGAACCAGAUGAUCGUCUACUUGCUUUCAGUCUCCUCUUUUCUCCAUUGGGAGUCCUUACGAGAUGGAGACUCUCCCGGUACAACUCCUGGAGACCAAACUUUCCUAUUGGCACUUUUACUUGCAAUAUUUUGGCUUGUGCCUUGUCUGGAACCUUGGGAAACGUGUUGGCGGGUAACCCAGGGCCAACGGAGCGAAUUGCUUUGGUGGCAUUGAUUGCUGGAUUCGGAGGUACUCUUAGUUCGGUCGCCAGGUUCAUUGUCGAGAUGUUGGCCGGGGUGGACCCAAUAUUGUUGCGUAUUGAUGGGGCAUAUUACGGGAUGAUAUCCAUCUUUUGCGGCUUGCUGGUUAGUUUUGUAUUUACGGCAUCCGGUGACUGGGCAGAUACUACCGGUACAGAUAGAUAA